AAGAGGCAGAACUUACCUUGCUAAGGAAAAGCAGAAUGCUAUGCAACCAAAUGACAAGAAAGGAAACAAACCAAUGGAACGUCACCCUCCUGUCUGCUAACAAGAAAUAUUUCCCCUGGAAGUCUUCUUGGUGUUUGAGAACCUAUCAACUCUUCUUUUGUUGUCACGUGGAAAUAGAACACUCGCAGAAUGUUGUUGGUGAAACUUCAUUUAAGGUCAUCUCGUGUAGCCAUUAUCAAAAGAAGUUUGUACAGAAGAAACACAUAUGCUCCAUCAGAGUCAGCCCAUUGUGUGCUUCUAAUAAUGUUACUUAUCCUAAUUCCUGCGUGUACUGUUUCGCCAACAUAGCGUUGAAUCUCACUCUUCAAAUCCAGUAUAGUGGAAAAUGUCUGAAGUCUACUUCCUGAUUAUUCUUCAUUCCACAUAAGUGAGACACUUAAAGCAAGCAUCGUCUUUUCUUUGUAAGACAAAAUGUGUUAUUAUUACCUUGUUUAAAAUCAAUACAUUUUAUCAUUUGGAAAGCUUUUCUUUGGCUUGAUAUUUGAUUAAUGAGACACAUGGGAACUAUGUUUUAGCCUAGAAAUAAAAAAAACUAAAUUGAAA